CCCUGGCUGUGCAAACGUUUCAAAAGCAGGCGCCCAAAAAAAGCGUGGAUUAUCUUUUUUUGAUAUGCUCAUCACUUAUAUUUCUCCACCCUAUAACCCUAACGCGCGUUGUUUUACAUAUGUCCUCUUAAACCUCCCUCCCUCCAUGCUGCUUUCUCCUCAACGUCCACGAUCCCCCCCCUCGUCAUCCAACCCGGGAGUUGUCUAAAUCACAAACGUGUCCAUGGCCCAUUUUGAGCGAAUGGAGUCAUCACCCACUCCUCCAAACUCCAGCACCGUCGGAGCAAUCCCAGACAUCAUCGAACGACGCACCCAGGUACUUCGUUCGGCGGCCAAACUUUCUCGCUCCAUCUCGACGAGGAUCAAGGCUACUGCGGGGAGCAUCCUACCUAACGGUAGCUCUUCGGAAAGUCCGUCAUCAUCAUCAAAGUUUGCUUCUACCAGCUUCAGUCCUUCCGGGCGUGACUCUUCCAUUUUGGUCGCAAGCACUAGUACUGGUACUGGUACUGGUACUGGUACUGGCAGCAGCCCGCCAACAUCAAGCAAAGGUAAAGAUAAAAACAACAACAAGGACAAAUACCCCGUAUACACGAGUCCGAUAAUCAAAAAGUCUCCUCCCAGCGUGACGUCCUCAAUCAAACAUAUUACCUCUUCGUUCUCAUUGACUCGACACGGUCGUUCCAAAUCAGACACAGCAUCAUCAUCAUCACCUUUCGCUAUUAUGCCUGCUGCCGCCGAAUCGCUCCUCUCCCCUACUACACAAACCUCUCGUCCUCAAUUCGAUCAUCCCUCAGGCUUAGGCUCAGGCGGAGGACCCCCCGUAUCUGGGAAUCCUAUAGCGGAAAGUGGUUCAGAAGGGGGUGGUGGUGGUGGUGGCAGUAAUUCAAUCGUCCGUAGGAGAUCGUUUCGACACGAACAAUAUCCUCGAUCGCAGCAGGAUCAUCAUCAUCAACCUGUUUCUCCUCCUCCUCGGCUUGUUAAAGCUGCCGGCCAUGACAUCACGAGCGAUGCGAGCGUAGAUGAAGCCGAGUUGAAAGUUCCUGCGUUGUUACAGACUGGGACACCGAUGCUCAAAAUGAGGAUGUUUCGACUCGAUCCAGAUCUGGGUCAAGUCAUUUGGGAGUCGAAUAGGUACGGAGUUCUUCCGAUCGAGCACAUCAAGGAGAUCCGCACCGGUCCCGAAACGUCCUACCAUCGUGAACAACUCCGUCUUUCAGCAGACUACGAACCAAGAUGGAUCUCACUCGUCUACGCCAGAGAUGGAAAAUACAAGAUCCUCCACAUGGUCUCUCUGAGCGACGACGUAUUCAGAAUGUGGAACGUAAUCUUACGAAAACUCUUCUCUUUGCGUCAGGAGUUGAUGAGUGGAUUGGGAGAUGCGAACGCUGAGGUUAGGCAGAGGGUUUGGGAGAAACUUUAUUGGAAGGGUGCCGAUUCGACUGGGGAUGCCAAGUUGGAUUUUCAAGAAGUGGAGAGGAUGUGUAGGAGAUUGAACAUCGCUACUCCUCGAAGCGAGUUGUUGAAUUGUUUCAUGCAAGCGGAUUCGCAGUCGAGGGGUUUCCUUGAUUUUGCCGAUUUCCGUCACUUUGUCAAGCUGUUGAGGGCACGACCCGAUAUCGCUGCCAUCUACGAUGACGCCAUGGGAGAUUCGCCAGAGUUUACUUUUGAAGUGUUUGAGAGGUUUAUGCGGGAAUCCCAAAAGUCUACGUUAUCGAAAGAGGAACUAUUACGGAUAUACGCAAAAUAUGGUCGUCCUCGAUAUAUUUCCAUGCCAAAUACCCCACUCGUGAUGCCUGCAGAGAUCAAGGGCGAGGAUGAGCUUCCAGGAGAAGGAGAAGAAGCCGUCCGAGAUGGUGCGAAUGAUCAACGAGAGGCUUCUGCUGCCUCCCCCAUUACCUCUCUCGCCACCGCUGUCCUGGCGACGGCGUCAACAUUGGCACCUAAGCUUUUGGUUGCACCCGAACUACCAAAGGACUCCCAGACCGGCAGACAGACGAAGAUCCCUGAAGCGGCGCCACACGAACUUCCUGGGGAAAGCAUCAAAUUCUCGGGUGACAACUCCGCCACUGUCGUCUCUCCUACCGACGUUGACCCAACACCCACUGAACCGCCACCUCUCACUAUACCUCCCACUCCGACCCCUGAUUCACCAACACCUCCAUGGUCUCUUUCAACGUUCGAAGCCUUCUUACAUUCUACCGAUAAUUCACCCUUUGGUGAUAAUCCAGAUGAUAUGACGCGUCCUUUGAGCGAGUAUUAUAUCUCUGCUUCGCACAAUACGUACCUUGUCGGUCAUCAGCUUGUGGGCGAUAGUACGAUCGAGGGGUACAUCCGGGCACUGUUACAUGGUUGUCGAAGCGUUGAACUCGACAUAUGGGAUGGAGACGACGGACCAGCGAUCUUCCAUGGUCAUACGCUCACGACCAAAGUUAGCCUUCAGGACGUCGUACGUGCCAUCGCGAGAUACGCCUUUGUAGCAUCUCCUUACCCCGUCGUCAUCUCUGCCGAGAUUCAUUGCUGUUUGGAGCAGCAGGAUAUGGCGGCAGAGAUCAUGCGGAAAGAGUUUGGAAGCGCCUUGGUGGAUGAGCCUGUGAAUGGGGAAGAGAAGGGGAAUAUCGUUACGUUGCCUAGUCCUGAGGCAUUGAAAGGAAGGAUUUUGUUCAAGGCGAAGAACGCUUUCUUGACGACCACUUUAACGGCGGAACCAGAGGAAGCGCGAGAGGGUGGAGUUGAUGUUGAUGUGUUGACGACCACGACGGAAGAGGUUUCCAGUAGCGAUGUGGAACAAAAGAAGGGGCUCGGGAAGGAAGUCAAGGAAGAAAUAUCUCAUGAGGUGUCUCGCGCUAAAGGUCUCAUGAGGAGGAUGCGAGGAAAGUUAAAAGGCAGAUCGACCAAGUCUUCUGGUGGGGAUGGUGGUGGUGGUGGUGGUGGUGGUGGGAACGUGGAGAAACCCAAACCAAAGAUGUCAUUGGCCCUUGCGGCUUUGCUCGUGUAUACGGUGGGCAUCAAGUGUCGUGGGCUAAACAAGAAGGAGACGUAUGCCGUCGAACACGUCUUUAGCCUGUCAGAGAGAAUGGCGGAUAAAGUUAUGAGGGAGAGUAUGGCAGAUUUGAUAAAGCACAAUCGGACGCAUGUUAUCAGAGUUUAUCCGAGUGGGACGAGAUUGAGUUCGACGAACUAUGAGCCUCAUCGGUAUUGGGCAUCUGGGGCUCAGCUGGUUGCUAUUAACUUUCAAACAUUCGAUCUCGGAUACAUCAUGAACUAUGCGAUGUUCAUGAGGAAUGGCCGUUUGGGCUACGUUCUCAAGCCUGCAGCUUUGAGACUGAAAGAUAAGCAGAUGGCUUCGAGGCGUACCAAGCACUUCCUAGAUGUAACGAUCAUUUCAGCGCAACAGCUCCCUCAUCCCAAGGAGGGCAGUCAAGGGAGAGACAUCGACACGAAACGUACGAUCGACCCUUACGUCGAAGUGUCACUUCACGUCCCAGAAUGGUCCAUCUCUCCAUUUCUCCCCGACCAGAACGCUCGACGUUCAUCUCCUCCUCACAACGGAUCUUCUUCUUCUUCUUCUUCUUCGAACCCUUCCUCUGCACGGACCGUUUCGUAUGUCACGAGUGUGGUGAAGGAUAAUGGGUUCAAUCCUGUGUGGAAGGAGACGAUGGCGAUUCCAUUCGAUUGUGUUGGGGACAUGCGGGAGCUGAUAUUCGUCCGAUUCCAAGUCAAGGAUGAGCAUGGUCAUGAUGAUUUGGGUGUAUAUUGCGUCUCACUCGCGAGUCUUCUGCCUGGAUAUCGCCAUUUACCCCUGCAUGAUAAGCAAAUGUCACAGUAUCUAUUCUCAACACUGUUCAUCCAUACGAUCAUUCGAGAUGUCACUGAUUGAUAUUAUAUUUUAUUCAUGUCAUCCCACACGUCCAUUUUCUUUUUCAUUCUGUGCAUUAUAGCAUUGCGGUACAUUUCUACAUUUCGGAUUCAUCAUGUACUAGUACCAUAGCCAUCCAAACCCUGAUUUCAAAUCAUCGCCGCG